AACUAUUAGAGGGCAGUGUAACUAGCAUACAAUCAGAAUGGAGCAGCAUCACGGAAGUAGCCAAAACCUCUCCAGUUAGAACUGAUCUUUUCUCAAAUAAAAUGACAGAUUUUAAUGAUACUUUAUAUCGUUACUCUCGUAUGCAGAAUCUAGGAUAAUUCACAUGCUAAAAGUAGAAUACGUGUUGGUAAAAACAGAAGCGCUUACCUAUGCGGAUAUAAACAUAGCAUUAGCUUAGCUUCGUUAGCAGCGUUAAAAACCUGUCAACGUUUUGUACAUUAUUCUUUUUAUUUGUAUUUACGUCAAACAAGUAGCAGCAGAAUGCAUCGGAGGGGCGUCGGUGCGGGCGCUAUUGCCAAAAAGAAGUUAGCAGAGUUCACAUUUCUGUUUUUCUUUCCAGGCAAAAUAUAAAGAAAGAGGAAAUGUCCUGGCAGAGGAUCAACUAAUUCAGAUGUCCAAACAGCUGGACACCUUCAAGUUCAACCUGGAGGAGUUUGCCAGCAAACACAAACAGGAAAUCCGCAAGAGUUCUCAGUUCCGGGUCCAGUUUCAGGAGAUGUGCGCCACCAUCGGAGUCGACCCGCUUGCCUCUGGCAAAGGGUUCUGGUCAGAGAUGCUGGGAGUGGGCGACUUCUACUACGAGCUCGGCGUCCAGAUCAUCGAGGUCUGCUUGGCGCUCAAACACCGCAACGGAGGGCUCAUCACGCUGGACGAACUCCACCUCAGGGUGCUAAAAGGACGCGGCAAAUACGCGCAGGACGUGAGCCAGGACGACCUGGUGAGGGCCAUCAAGAAACUCAAGGUCAUGGGCAGCGGCUUCGGGAUGAUUCCGGUCGGCGGCUCCUACCUGGUGCAGUCGGUGCCGGCGGAACUCAACAUGGACCACACAGUGGUUCUGCAGCUGGCCGAGAAAAAAGGCUACGUGACCGUCGGCGAGAUCAAGAGCAACCUCAAGUGGGAGAAGGAGCGAGCGUGUCAAGUCCUGGACCACCUGCUGAAGGAGGGCCUGGCCUGGUUGGACUCUCAGGCGUCGGGCGAGCCUCAGUACUGGCUGCCUGCUCUCUUCUCCGAGCUCACCUCCCGUGAUGUCACACCCGAUGAGGCCAAUCAGAUGAGCCCGUGAUCACGCUCGCUGUACAGAACAUGUAAAUGAUCGACAACUUUUGAAAGAAGAAAGAAGAGGGUUUAUUUGUAUUUUUAUGUCAGUAGAUUAAUUAUCCAAAAUAGAAAUAUGUUGUGAUUUCAUUAAGACCCUUUGAAUAAACAAUCCCUGGUGUUCUGGAGAUUCCCCUUCCACUGCGAACGCUUCAGUGGCGUUUGUCAAGCCCUUUUGUUCUGACGUCACAUUUCGUGACUGUAGACGUGGUCUUCAAACACCGACUGCUCCAUGUUGUCGCAAAUGAGCGUACAGAAAGGACACACCUGGUGGUUGCGCUCGUGUUCCUCCACCUCCGCCCGAGACCUCCCCGGGAAACUUUCCAGGCAGUGACGGCAUGACAGCACCGGCUGCGGAGCAAGGAGACAACACGUCAAGGGGAGGGAACUACCUUUAACUUGGCGCUCAUACCUUUCCCAUGGAACUGCAAUCUAGUUGUGGAUGUGACUGGAGCUAAUCUGCAUAAUUAACCAAGUCCCUUUUCUAAGGGACGGACUUUUUAGACCCGUGUAGACUCAGCCGAAAAGUGAAGCUCUGUUUUCUUAGCACUGUCGCGAGACAUGACUCCUGCUAGUUAAAGGCUGGGCUGUGGACAUGUGUCGCACACUUGUUGAGGUGUGUUGCACUCUAGUGGAUGAGUGCCAUCAUGUCUUUGCGCUGUUACGAGUCAUGACCUCUAAUAGACAAAUGCAGUAGUCGCGUGGACAUGUGCCGCACGCUCGUGGAGGUGUGCGACAGUCUUUGCACUGUUGUUACUCAUGACUCCGACUAGCCGAAGGCUGGGCUACACACUUGUUGUUGUGCCGCACGCCCGUGAACGUGUGCCACAUGCUUGAGGAUGUGUGCGGCACGGCCACGGACGUGCAUCGCACGCUGGUAGACGUGGGGGAAGGGGAAGCAAACAACCGAAGAGAUGUCGCUAGUCAUAACUCCUGCUAGUAAAAUGCAGGGCUACAACUCGUGGCCAAGUGCCGCACGCUCUUAGAGGGCAGCAGCACACUUGUGGAGGUGUGUUGCACACUGCAAAAAGUCAGUGUUCAAAAACAAGAAAAAAAAUACAAAAAUUAGUGGUAUUUUACUUGACCUAAGCAAAAUGAUCUGCCAAUAGAACAAGAAAAAUUGGCUUGUCAAGACUUUCCAAAACAAGUAAAAUUAGCUAACCUCAAUGAACCCAAAAAUACCUUAAAAUAAGUAUAUUCUCACUAAUAACAAGUGCACUUUUCUUGGUAGAAAAAACAAAUAUGAGACAUUUUUUUCUCAAUAUGUUGGAAAAUAUUCUUAAAUUAAGUAAAUGCUAGUGCCAUUAUCUUGACAUAAUGAUAUGCACUCGGCAUUACAUUUCUUGAAAUCAGCAAACUUAUACUAAAAACUAGUUUAUUUUUCUUAAUGGAAAGGCAACCGCUUGUUACUCUCGGGGUUUUCUAGCCGCUCAGGCAAAUCAUAUUGUCUAAAAAUGCAUUUUUCCAUCGAUAACAUGACAUCAUGCCAAAUGCAUGCUCUUUCAGUCAUUAGUGCGCAAGGAAUAUAUAUAUAUACAGGUAAAAGCCAGUAAAUUAGAAUAUUUU